AUGCGCAGUACCCCAAUUUACGCAGUGCUAGCUCUGCACCUUGAAUAUCGAUCGGAAAACAGGGUUUUUUUUUCCAAUAGUAAGAGAAAGUGUGGGAAUGGAGAUUUCCGGGGGCGAUCCUCGAGGAUUGGUUUAAGUGGCUUGAUGUUUGGAGGGCCAGGGUGCACGGUUGGGUGUGUGUGUUGA